AUGAACGCCCAGUACGGGCUGUGAACAUAUACAUAUACAAAUAGUUACAUAUAUUUGUACAUGGCGAGUAAAGAAAGUCAGUCUGAGCAAGAUGGCCGGCCGGGUGACUUCGGCCUUUUAUUAUUCCGCGCUUUUAUUUUAUUUGAUAUUGUUAACUAAUUCGAAUAAUGGGUUGAGGUACGGAGACAAAGCGACUACGUUACACAUCACGGAGGAUCAUGAUUCGUUUGGCUACAGACGUCCGAUUAUUAUCAAUCGAGGUGAACAUUUCGAAGAAACGUCAUCGAGUAGAAUGCGCAGAGAUGUUCCUCCUCCGUUCCCAAAUAAUAAUCCAAACAUCACAACAAAGGUGAAUGCUUUGAACGAUUCACAUCAACAAUUGAUGGUCCAUUGGGUUGGAGAAGGAUCUAAUGUAAUAAUAUGUCUAGCAAGAGACAGCACACUUACAAAACGCAUGCAAGACAGCAAGUUUGCUGGAAACAGCAGUCCUACUCCUAGUGCUGUAUACAUAAGUUAUGAUUAUGGUGACACAUUUGAGAACAAGACAGAUAAAUUUCGAAUUUCUUCUGAGCCUGAUGCACCAUAUGCCACUUUGGAUAAGUUCAUCAAUCAUCCAAAAAAGUAUAAUUUCUGUAUCUUUGUGGACAGCACAAAUAGUUUACUUUUCCUCACAUCCACUAAUGGCAGAUAUAUAACAAGGAGACGAGUACCAUUCCAUCCAAGUGAGAUUUCAUAUGAUGAGAGCGAUUAUAGAGUUGUUGUUGCUCUUGACAAAACUCAUCCAAAUCGUGCACUAUGGUUAUCAAAAGAUAUGGGAAUAACAUGGUUUCCAAUAUACCGUUCUGUGAAAGCAUUUUUCUGGUCUCCCUUACCAGCAUUAGUAGUAGAACGUAUUGAACCUUCUGGGUCAAACAGUGUUUGGCAAUUGGAUUUGACAUAUUUAUGGGAUGAAAUACAAGAUGUAACAAAAUUGAAAAAUGAGUUUGCCGUUGUUAUUACGAACGUCGAAGAUUUUCAGAUUAGAGGCGAUUAUAGAUUCGCGACCUCAAAGAGUGUAGACAAUGGGACAGUAAAUCUGGAUCUUUAUGUAUCAUACAAGAACAAUACUUUUGUCAAAGCUGCAUUCAACACAGAUUUACCGAUUAAAGCUUAUCACAUUGUUGACGUGUCACAUAAUAGAGUCUUUGUCACGGCUUGUCACAGUGAAACACAUGUAAAUCUUUAUAUAUCGGAAGUUAUCGAUAAGACAAAGGCAACAUUCACGUUAUCCCUCGAAAAUAUUCUAACAUUCUUUCCUAGUAAUACUUGGAAAGAAAGUUGGUUGAAUGAAGUGGUUGACGAAGUAUUUACAGAUCUGUACAAGGUUGAAGGUCUUCGCGGCAUUUAUAUAGCAUCACAAGUAAAAGGUUCACCAAAAUCAGGUUCAAUUGGACCGGAACAUUUGGUAUCAUUGAUAACUUUCGACCAUGGUGCAACUUGGAAUCCAAUAAAGCCACCCACCGCGAAUCAUGAAGGAUUCUUUAUCCGUUGCACGAACUGUUCGUUGCAUCUCAGCCAGCGUUUUAGUCAGUUGUAUCCUGUUACAAGAUCAGUGUCGAUUAUGAGCUCAAAAUCUGCUCCUGGUAUCAUAAUGGCUACAGGUGUUAUAGGGACAAAUCUUAAAGGUCAUCCUGCUCUGUUCGUAUCCAGGGAUGCAGGUGUCACUUGGAAAUAUGUUCUCAAGGACUACUAUUUUUUCAACAUGGGAGACCACGGUGGCUUGUUGGUUGCUGUUAAGUAUUUUAAGUCACGAGGUGAUACCAGAGAUAUUUCUUAUUCCACGGACGAGGGUGAAACUUGGCAAUCGUAUGAGUUCAAUGAGAAAAUGUUGCGAGUAUAUGGGUUGAUGACUGAACCAGGAGAAAACACUACAGUAUUCACGAUGUUCGGAUCGGCAAAUGGGCAACAUCAAUGGUUAAUCAUCAAAGUUGAUUUGCGUAAUGUGUUUGAGAGAGAUUGUAAAGAGGACGACUUCAAGUUCUGGUCUCCGUCGAGUCCAGAACAGCCAGUGAUGUCCUGUAUAUUGGGUAGAAAAGAGACGUAUCAGCGAAGAGCUGCGCGAGUUAAUUGCUACAUCGGUGUGGAUUAUGAUCGACCAAUAAAGACGGAAAUAUGUCCAUGCGAUUUCAUCGACUACCAAUGUGAUUUUGGGUUCGUACGAGUUGGAAAUCCUUAUCACUGUAUUCGUGAUAGAUCUGUAUUCUACUACGAUCCAUACGCCAUACCGAAAACAUGCAAACCUGGAUCAUUCUAUAAUCGAACAAAAGGAUACAUCAAGAUAGCCGACGAUGAGUGUAUUGGUGGUUUAGCCAGGAACUUUGAACCUGACGAAAUUCCAUGCCCUAUAGGAGACAAAUCAGAAUUUCUGCUCGUAGCUCAACGGGAACACAUAUCCCGUAUUGAUCUGGUGGAAGAGAAGUUAGAAGCUUUACCGGUUCACGACCUAAAGAACGUGAUAGCCAUAGAAUUCGAUAUGAGAAAUAAUUGUUUGUACUGGGCGGACAUUGUAAACGAUACCAUUGGCAGACAGUGUUUUAAGGAUGGUACCAGUUAUCCAGAGAUUUUAGUGGAAACAGACCUGAGCUCCAUAGAAGGAAUGGCACUGGAUUGGGUGUCUAAUCUUUUGUAUUUCGUGGACGGUGUGAAAAUGAGGAUUCAGGUGAUUAGAACAGAUAUGUCCAUUGCUGGACGAAUGCGAAGAACGAUUCUAGGACCCAACAAUCUACAGAAACCUAGAGGCAUUGCAGUUCAUCCUAUGAAUGGGUACAUGUUUUGGACUGAUUGGGCACCAGGCAACGCUUCAGUUUCGAGGGCCAAUCUCGAUGGGACAGACGUGAAACGGUUAUUCGUGGAACCCACAGUUGAUUGGCCAAAUGGAAUCACCAUUGACCACAUCGCAGAACGCAUCUACUGGGUGGAUGCUAGACAGGAUUACAUCGGUUCCAGUGAUUUCGACGGCAAGAAAUUCAAGAAAAUCAUAUCGAAAAACGAACGGGUAUCGCAUCCCUUCGCUGUCGCAGUGUUCAAGAACAACAUGUACUGGGACGAUUGGAAGCAGUCGAAGAUAUUCGUCGCAGACAAGGAUCAUGGUGUGGGUAUAACCACGAUCAUCGGUCAGCUGCCUGGCUUGAUGGAUUUGAAGGUGUUUGCUCACAGUAUUCAACUGGGUACUAACGCCUGCGCAAAUAGCACUUGCACGCACAUAUGUGUGGGAGCACCUAAUGACGGACACGUGUGUCUUUGCCCGGAUGGGAUGGAGAUGGUCGAGGGCAAAUGCAUGUGUCCAGGUGGUGUCGAGCCGUGCGCUAACUCGACAUGUCCUCAAGUAGCCACCACCUGCGCACCUAACCAGUUCGCUUGUCGGAACGACGUGUGCAUCCCGGCGUCUUGGCGGUGCGACAGAGAUAACGAUUGCGGCGACAGGUCGGACGAAAUUAACUGCACCAGAGUUACCUGCGACCCUAACAACUUCGAAUGUGAUGGCACCAAGUGCAUCCCAAGGUACUGGGUUUGCGACAUUGACCAGGACUGCAAGGAUGGCACUGACGAGUUAAACUGCAAGUACUCGAACUGUACAGAGUCCCAAUACAAAUGCGACAACGGCAGAUGCAUAUCUCAUAGAUGGCGUUGCGACGGCGAAGACGAUUGCGGUGACAACUCGGAUGAGAAGAACUGUACGAAGAGCAUAGCACCUAGUACUUGUAGAUCUGACGAGAUCCUCUGCAAAUCCGAGCACGUGUGCAUACCGACCGGCUGGAAAUGCGACGGGGAACGGGAUUGUGUGGAUGGUCUAGACGAAGCGGACUGCAAUAAGAUGGUUUGCGAGAGCUGGCAGUUUACGUGUAAUCUCUCGAAUGCUAAACAUCGCUGCAUCUAUAACUCGUGGGUCUGCGAUGGGGAUAAGGACUGCGAGGAUGGUUCAGACGAACUGAAUUGUACUACUACCAUGCCUCCAGGUUCUCUAGCUCCAGAUCUACCUGGCACUCCCUGUAAUCAUUGGAUGUUUAUGUGCAAUAACAAGAAAUGUGUACCUUAUUGGUGGAAAUGCGAUACUGUAGACGAUUGUGGUGAUGAUUCUGACGAAAUCGGCUGUGGUAACUAUGAGGUUGAGUGGACGAUGCCAUAUUCCACCGAGCAAGCCAAGGUCUGUCAGGAGCACGAAUUCCAGUGCCUGAACGGCAAAUGUAUUCACGAUGCGUGGGUUUGUGACGGAGCGAAGGAUUGCGCAUCGGGAGAGGAUGAAUUACGUUGUGAAGGGGUCCAGGUUUCCUGCAGAGAGAAUCAGUUCAUGUGUCGAGUGGAUGGCACCUGUAUACCUCUGUCUUAUGUAUGUAAUGGUAUAGUUGAGUGUCCUGAUAGAAGUGACGAAUUGGGCUGUUCAAGGGAGCAGCACUCUAGCCCAGCUGCUACACCAUCCUGCUAUGUCGGACUAUUUCCUUGCGAUCAAACGCGAUGCUUCCCUCUGGCUGCAUACUGUGAUGGAAACCAAGAUUGUAUGGACGGAUUCGACGAAAGUAACUGCGAGAAAAACAGUUCUCGCGUUUAUCAGCUGCUUGUGAUGGGAGUGGAUGAACGGUCGGUGAAUGCCAGUAGCGUCUUCCUUUUCUGGUGGAUGCCAAUGCCCACCAACGUCACCUUCGAAUUUCUGCCUUCCAUAGCGUAUGCAGAGCCAGGAGCUAACUGGACAAAUGCCAGUGAAUGGAUCGAGGAGAUGGAGUAUCAGUUUAACAACCUCAAGCCGUACACUCGUUACAAUCUAACCGUCCAUGUUAGACUAAAGGGUCAGAAUGUUGUAUUUCCACCAACCAAGUAUCUGACAGUAACAACUGGAGAAGGUAUCCCAUCGGAACCGUGGAAUGUCACCGUGACGCAGAAGAAUGGAACUCGGGUGGAGGUUACUUGGCAACCGCCUAUGCAUCCUAAUGGACCCAUCACCGGUUACGACGUUUUUGUGACACCACCUAUACCACCUAUGCGAUUCCUCAAACAAAAGACUUCAGCGAUUAUAGACAUGGAUUUUGAAGCGGGCAAGAAUUACUCGUUCUGGGUAAUAGCUAAGAAUCAAGAUCGUGAAUCAGCUUCCUCGAACGUGGCUACUUUAACCUUCGAUGGGUCCGCUAAUAUUGAUAACAUUCAGGACCUCAAGGUGGUUGCGAAGACCAAUCACUCGGUGACCCUAGCCUGGAAAGAGCUGAAGGACGUCGACAGUUAUCACAUUACUCCAAUAGCUCCAUCUUCUUAUCCUGUGAUGCAAUCUAUCUUUACUCAAAAUAAUCACGUGGAGGUAACUAAAUUAGCUCCUGGAAUCAAAUACACUUUCGAGGUUGGAGCCAUGAAGAAAAAGUACGUUGGAAAGACCACAGCGAUAACCGCUAUCACAGAUUCCAUUCCUCUCCCAAGCAUUACAAAAUUAGUUGCCCAAUUGGUUAAACCUCAUGGAACGACCGUGAAGCUUACUUGGGAUCCACCAAAGAGCGUCAGAAAGAUCAAAUGGCAAUACGCAAUUCAUUAUGCCGUAAAUAUGGUGGAAUUCCUCAGAGAGUAUAAACUACUGACGACUAACUUGUCGGCGACUAUUAAGGACCUAGAGGCGUGUGAAUCCUAUUUGUUCGCGGUUGGCGUUAAUGGAGAUUAUGGCGCUGGUCCUUUGAGCCAACCCGUUACGGUGUUCACUCAUUAUAAUCAGCGUGCUCCACCAAAGAAACUGAGAGUCAGUCCGACGGACAAACCGGAUACUAUUACCAUCUCUUGGAGUUCUAGUUGUCCUACGAUUGAUGAACCCAUAAAAUACACGAUCACCGUGACAGAAUUAAUACGCAAAAAGCAUUUCGUAGUGACCUUACCACCGACUAACGAAACAUCUAUGAAACACACGUUCAACAACAUCAAACACGGCGGCAAAUAUCAAAUCACCGUUGCCACAGAUGUUGAUAAUGCUAUACCUAGUCAUCCAAUUAUCUACGUAGCUCCUAUAAUUUUGCCACCUCAUCAGUUGAAAGUUCUGCCUGAAAAUGAGGGAUUCCGUAUCUCCUGGCUCGUGCACGAUUUGCCAGACGUAAUUAAGACUGCAAAAUACCACUACGAGAUUUUGGUGGUGGAAGGUCCCAAGAUGAACGAGUCGCUCGCCAAGAUUUAUACGAUCGAACAACCACCCUAUGAGUACAAGGACGUAAAACCUGAUGUAAUUUAUACGUUUGCUGUUCGUUUGGUCACCGAGGAGGGAUAUUUGAGUCCCCUGAGUGAGAUCUAUAGCAUCAGGCACUUUGAAGAGGCAUCAGCGUUACCAGUGGAUAUGGACACUUCUAACAUUCUCUCGUUUGCUAUACCGAUCUGUUUAUUGAUCGUAGCUCUAGGAUCUGCAUUGGUAUACUUUGUCGUGAGACAUAGAAGGUUGAGCAAUAGUUUCACACAAUUUGCUAACAGCCACUAUGACACUAGACGUGGACAGGCAACCUUCCCAGGAACCACAGAUGGUUUAGAAGAAGAAGACAGCCCUGUAAUUCGAGGCUUCUCCGAUGAUGAACCAUUGGUGAUAGCAUAAGCUCAAACAAACACGUAACAAACGUCCACACUCAAGUACACACAUAUAAUACACCAUACAACAAACACACAUACAUGCCAGGUACAUCACACCUAUAUAUUUAUAUAUAUUUGUAUUUGUAUUUACAUACAAUAUAUAUUUAUAUAUAAAUAUAUAAUAUUUACAUGUUAGAAAAAAUGUGCCAAGACACUAUUAAUACGAUAAACUUCGAGUAUAUAUUUAGGUAAGACGACUUGAUCAUAAAAGUGGGAAGCUUUUAUGAAAGUGGCUCAAGACUGACGUACAUGCAUACAUACAUACAUACAUUAUAGACACAAACACCUGCACACAUACAUACACAGAAAUACCUACACUUUAAUUCUAGUUAGUACAGAUCGACUCAAAUGGGCUGCUCAGAGCACUUACAUGAAAGCUUUACGAGACGCAACGUGAAAAUCACCACUAUAUUGUAGAAUACUACUUAUGUACAUGUACAAUUGGGUACAAUGUAAGAUUCUUUUGGAUAGGAAUAAGUGUAGAGAAGACUUUCAUCAUUUGUAUAUGGUCUUGCGAAAACUCAGGGAGAGCUUAGUUUUCUCUAGACUUUUCUUAUAUUUAUAGAUUAUUCAAAUUUGUAAAUUUAAAAAUUUAUCUUCUUAAAUUUUAAUAUUUUAAAUUGAAUACUUUAAUCAAGAUUGAAAGUAAAUAAUGGAAUACUUCUCCCUCUCUACAUUAUUCGUAUCUGAAGUCUAUGUUGACGUAAUUGUACAUGAUAGAUUGAUUAAGUAUACGGACGAUUAAGUCUACGUCAUAUCGGCGAGCUAUUAAGAGCUGGAAAUUGUUGUUUUGUUAAGAUACGUUUAUGUAAAAAUCGGAUGAAGAGUGUGCGAGAGAGAGAGAAAGAGAAAGAGAAGAAGAAAUAAGAUAGAAGGGAAUCUGUACAUAUAGUAAAUAUUUUGUACGAAGAGGAGCAGAAGUUUCGAAGCUUUUUCCAAGAGAUGCCAUACAUGACAUUGACACAAAUUUGUAUAAUACGUAAUAACAAAGAAAACGGCGUCUUCUCCCGUUCUUUUAUCGUCGAUGUUUCCUCUUUUGACAAAUUUUUUUAUCCACGAGACUAUUUUGACCCUGCAUUUAACGCACGAAUCAUGCUCUGCCUCCGUACCUUUAUUUUUCUUUUUAUAAUGAAUUCAUUUGUAAGUGAAACACCAAAUAAUAUCUUAUUCACGUGGCGCAUGCAUUUUUUUGUAACGAGUGUCACCCGCCAUGGUGUUUGAUUAUUUUAGCGGUAACAAUCAAUAUAUGUAAUCACGAGUCGGAAGUCGAAACGAGCAAGAUCAGAUUGGUAACGCUAUCGUCCCGUAUAACUUGAUCGAAGAUUCUGUAAUUUUUAAACGUACGUAUCUUGUCACUCGUGUGUAUUCUACUUUUUAAAUGUUGUUCGCGGGAAUAACCUGUGCAUUUUAUUGUUGUAUGUAAAUAAGGAUUCACGGAUGUAAUUUGACAGGAUCAAUCGAAGAAGUGAAACAAAAGAAAAAUAAUCAUGCCUCUGUAACACGUGAAUGAAUUACGUCAUCGUUUUUUAUACCAGUAGAUGGGCAACUGGGCCCGCGAAAACACGGGCAGGUGCCGUGCACGUAAAGCCACUCAAUUUUUAAAUUUGAAAAUUUGAAAUAUCUAUAUUUCUAAAUUUGCAAAUUACCAAACAUCUAAAUUUCCAAUUUUUAAAUUUGAAAAUUACAAUUUUGAAAUUUCCAUAAACGUCCAACAUCGCUGCACACACCCGUGCCCGUUGGCCCUUUUGUGGACACUUGAAUUGCCCAUCACUGUUUUACACGACCCUCGAGUGCAACGUUAGCUAAGUAGAAACUUGAAAUUUUUGCGAAGCGAUUUUUUAUUCCGUUCAUACGACGAAUCAGCGAACUUUUUGCCAAACAGUUACCGAGCAAUAUCGGAUUUUUAUCGCUCAAUGAACAGGACUAAGUGCGCAUAUUUGAGACUCGUUGGAACAGGAAACAGGAAGCGUCAAGCAGUAUUAUCAGGGUCUGUUCCAUGGCAGUUGAAGAUUUUUCAGAUCGGUUUAAUCUCGAUAGCAUUGUUCCAUGUUUUUUAAAACGAUGCAAUUGUAAUUAUUUCAAUUAUUUUAUUCUUGCGUUUCAACCAUUUUAAUGAAUUUUUAUUUUAACGUUUUUUUAUUUAACUAAAAAUUACGAUGAUCAAUAGAGUGCUUCGAGAUUAAAGCUUAGGAAUAUUCGAAGUAAUUGAUUUUAAUUGUUAACGAGGUCGCCAGGUGGAAAGAAGAGAAUGAUGGGCACGAAUAAUUUUCAACGCAGUUUUGUGAGAGCGACUAUUAUUGAAAAAGUAUAGCUUGUACGUGUAAAUCUCAAGGGUUAUAGCAAUAUAACAGUGAUAUAUACAUAAUAUAUAAAUAUCUAUACGUAUACAUAUAAUAUAUUUGCGUGUAAAUAAAUGGAUUUAAGGCACAGAG